AUGGAAGACAUCGACCUCGCCGCGCUGCGGGACACCCUCAUCACCAUCGCGCUGAAGGCCGGGUCGAUGAUCACAUCAGCCUCGAACUCCAGCAGAACAGACGACCACUCCAACGCGGCGUUGUCGACGAAAAAGAACUCGGCCGACCUCGUGACCGAAACGGACAAGGCCGUCGAGGACUACAUCUCCAGCACGCUGAAGCAGAAGUACCCUACGUACAAGUUCAUGGGCGAGGAGACGUACGUGGCCGGCAACAAGUUGGGCGCGGAGCCGACGUUUGUCGUUGAUCCGAUUGACGGGACUACGAAUUUCGUGCAUGGCUGGCCCUACGUGAGCGUCAGUCUGGGGUUCGCCGUGAAUCGUGUGCCGACCGUGGGCGUGGUGUAUAACCCGUUCUCAGGCAAGUUGUACCAUGGGAUCAAGGGGCAGGGGAGCUAUCUACGGCUCAUCAUCUCCUCCUCUACGCACCACAGCAACAGCGACGAAGAGGCCGAUGCAAAGCUACCGCUCCGCCACCCGACCGCGAUCACGGGGCUCGACUCCUGCGUCGUCGCGAUCGAGUACGGCAGCGACCGCACGGGCCCCAACUGGCGGUGCAAGACCGAGACCUGGGCCGCCUUGGGGGCCAGCAAGGACGAAGGCGGCGCCAUGGUUCACUCGGCCCGGGCACUGGGGUCCGCCGCCCUGAACCUGUGCGCCGUCGCCGAGGGUUCCAUCGAUGUCUACUGGGAAGGCGGGUGCUGGGCCUGGGACGUCUGCGCGGGCUGGGUCGUGCUCACCGAGGCCGGCGGCGUCAUCGUCGAUGGUAAUCCUUCUGGGAAAUGGGACAUCCCCGUCGACCACAGGAAGUAUCUCGCUGUGCGGGCGGCGGAGAAAGGUCAAACAGAGCUGGUGAAGGAGUUUUGGGGGUUUGUCAAGGGAGGCAUGGAGUAUGAGCAUUGA